AUUUUGUUGUUUUUAAUUCCAUCGGCUUGUUUUUAAUAAAUAAAAAUUGUGACAAGGUCUCCAACUCUGCUUUUAGGGAGGAGUACCUCCUCUUCCAAGUAUGAUAUGGGCAGAUAGCACCCAGUAGGAAUGUGAGUCCAGCCACCCAUCGUAGAGCCAGGGGUGGGGUCUGAGAAGCUUGGUCCAACUCUGUGCCUAAACCGAGCUGAGCUUCCCUCCCCAGCCUUCCCGGGGUUUACUCUGCUCCCUACCCUGUCCUGCCAGCAUCUCACCGCCCACUGGGAUGUUUAUGUCAGCUAGGCUGACCCUGCCCAACCUUCUCACCUGAGGACAAGGACGGUGUGGAAGGGGAGGCAGGGGAGAGUGAAGACAAGGACGCUCGAUCGGAAAGAGGACGUUUUAACCCUUCCCCGCUGGUACCCUUCCAGACUUGGAUUAACCCUUGGUGGGCCCAGGGAGGCAGCCGGGCUCACCAAGGAUUGGGGCCAGCUUGGGCCUGGGGAGGGCGGAGUCCCCGCCCCCUGGCGCAGCCGGCUGCGGAGACAGAUGGGGAGCCACCUGUCAAACGGGCUGUGGCCGCGGGGCGCGGAGGGCGCGGGCAGCCCCGCGGUGAGCGCACGCUCAGAGGUGCCGACAACCCCGACUAGAGGACACGGAGGAGCCAUGGAGAGGGAUGCUGGGAGCUGACGGCGCGCCCAGCCGGCGGAUUUGCAGGGGGCUCCAGCAGAGGAGAACGCGCCCAAACUCGACAGCUGGGGAGGAGGGCCGAGGCGGUGCCGUGCGGCGGCUGCCAAAGCAGCCAGGGCGGGAGUGCCAUGUCUCGGGAAAGGCCCCCACGCACCGACAUCCCCCGCAACCUCAGCUUCAUCGCGGCGCUGACAGAACGAGCCUACUACCGAAGCCAGAGGCCCAGCCUGGAGGAGGAGCCGCAGCCGGAGGAGGAGGAGCCGGAGCCCCGGGAGGGGGGCGGGGCGCGCCUCCGGCCUCGUUCCCGAGCCCUAGCCGCCGUAAGGGGCCGUCGGGCCCGCUCUGCUCCCGCUGGAGGCGGUGCCCGAGCCCCGCGCAGCCGCAGCCCGGACACCCGUAAACGAGUGCGCUUCGCCGACGCUUUGGGACUAGAGCUGGCGGCAGUCCGCCGCUUCAGUCCCGGGGAACUGCCCCGCGUGCCCCGCCACGUGCAAGUCCAGCUGCAGCGCGACGCCCUCAGGCACUUUGGGCCUUGCCCACCCCGCACCCGCAGCCUCCAGGAGGCGCGCGCUGCCCUCGAGCCCGCCCGCGAGCCCGGCUUCGCCGCCCGCCUGCAGGCCCAGCGCAUAUGCCUGGAGCGAGCAGAGGCGGGCCCGCUGGGCGUGGCUGGGAGCGCGCGCGUGCUGGACCUGGCCUACGAGAAGCGCGUGAGCGUGCGCUGGAGCGCGGACGGUUGGCGCAGCCAGCGCGAGGCUCCCGCCACCUACGCAGGCCCGGCUCCGCCCCCUCCGCGUGCGGAUAGAUUCGCCUUCCGCUUGCCUGCCCCACCAAGCGGGGGUGCCUUGCUCUUCGCCCUUCGCUACCGUGUAACAGGCCUUGAGUUCUGGGACAACAACGGCGGCCGCGACUACGUUCUGCGCGGGCCUGACUCCCCCAGCAGUGGUAGCAGUAGCGACUCGGAACCUCAGGGCUGGAUCCACUUUAUCUGAACGUGGAACGGGGAACCCAGGGAUCAGGGGAAAGUGCGGAAAAACGGCGGGAGAAACCAAAGGAACAGAGGGUCGGGGGGAGCCGAGGAUGCGGCAAAGGAAUGAAGAGCUUGCUUGCUGUUCUCCCAGACUGAGCCAUUUGCCCUCUUCUGGCCUCAGGUUCCCUCUUGGAAGUCUUCCAGAGGAGAGGUGGGAAGAAGGCAAACAGCAGUUUCUUCUUGGUGACCCAGAUGAACUUUGUUUCCCCAGCCUCCAUUUUAGUGGAGAUGAUAAUGAGCAGUGAAGUUGCCAGAAGACUCUGAAUCUACUGAUUCUAUCAGCAGCAGAUGAGAGGACAUAAAAAUCGACUGAAUGUACACUUGCAUCCUCACCAUGCUCUCACAUCCAAUAAAACUGUGUACCUUUAGUUCCAGUAUGACAAUAUUUCCCUAAACUAUAUUCUUUAAUAUAACCUGAUUCUGGACCACCUGUAUGAACACAGUAUCCU